CCGCUCGGCUCCUCCUCUCCAAGCUCCACCUCCUCGCCGGUGAUUGGCCACCUGUGUGCCUCUCCUGAGCUACAGUUCCGGUGGCCAAUCAGCGGCGAGGAGGCGGAGCUGUUGAGUGAUCCCGGAGGAAAGGCACACAGGUGGCCAAUCACCGGCGAGGGGGCGGCCGAUUGGCCCCGUGAAAAUCGAGUGCAGGAGCAGCAGGUAAGUGUUCAGUGUAGAGGUGCUGCUGCAACCACAUAUGCUGGCUGCAGCAGCACCAUACUAGAACAGGGUCAGCAAGUGUAAUUGGUGUCAGUGGGAG